GCGGGGCGGAGUCUCGGCGGCGGCGGCGGCGGCCUGGCGGGUCAGGCACUGCCUGGUGAGAUAGAAAAUAAACUGUGGAAAGGAAGCCGUGGGGAAUGUUAUCAGGCUGGUCUUUGGUUCCAAAAGCUCCCUGGCCUGCUGGGAACCUGGUCCUGUUGGAGGGAGCAGUGCAAUCGGAUGCUGACCAGAUCCACUCUUCCACAUUAGAAGCCAUUUCCUACACGAUCUUGACAUUUACAUCGCAGCAGCUCCUCUCCAGCAGGAGAAGGACCUUGUUUGCAUAAUGAGAAGUAUAAUGUCCCAAGAAAGCAGCUACGGGAAGUGGACAAUAUCCAGUAGUGACGAAAGCGAGGAUGAGAAGCCCAAACCUGAUAAGCCGUCAGCAUCCUCUCACCCCCAGGCUGGGCAGGGAGUGUCGAAGGAGCUCAUAUACACCUGCUCAGAGGCCCGCAAGGUUGCACACAAGAGACAGAUCUCACCUGUGAAGUUCAACGACGCAGACUCGGUGCUACCCCACAAGAAGCAGAAGAGUGACUCCCCGGAAGGUCUCGGCUGGUGUCUCUCCAGCAGCGAUGAUGACCAGCAGCCAGAUGUGACACAGCAGGAACAGCCUAAGAGAGUGCUGCCUCAAGAGAAAAAACAUGUCUCCUCACCCGAUGUGACUACUGCCCAGAAAGUUGUGGAUAGAAGCCCUCCUGCCAGCCUUAGGCCCCAAAGGGCAGACGAUGAGUACGAGACCUCAGGGGAAGGCCAGGACAUCUGGGACAUGCUGGAUAAGGGGAACCCCUUCCAGUUUUAUCUCACUAGAGUGUCGGGGAUUAAGGCAAAGUACAACUCCAAAGCCCUCCACAUCAAGGAUAUUUUAUCCCCUCUGUUUGGGACACUUGUCUCUUCAGCUCAGUUUAACUACUGCUUUGACGUGGACUGGCUCAUAAAGCAAUAUCCACCGGAAUUCAGGAAGAACCCGAUCCUGCUUGUGCACGGUGAUAAGAGGGAAGCCAAGGCAGACUUACAUGCCCAGGCGAAGCCCUAUGCGAACAUUUCCCUCUGCCAGGCAAAGUUGGAUAUUGCAUUUGGAACACACCACACGAAAAUGAUGCUCUUGCUCUAUGAAGAAGGCCUCCGAGUUGUCAUCCACACCUCCAACCUCAUCCGGGAAGACUGGCACCAGAAAACCCAAGGAAUAUGGUUGAGCCCUUUGUACCCAAGAAUUGACCAGGGAAGCCACACAGCUGGAGAGUCAAGCACCCGUUUCAAAGCUGACCUCACCAGUUAUCUAACGGCGUAUAACGCUCCCCCUCUGCAGGAGUGGAUAGACAUCAUCCAAGAGCAUGACCUCUCUGAGACCAAUGUUUACCUCAUUGGUUCAACCCCUGGACGCUUUCAAGGAAGUCACAGAGAUAACUGGGGACAUUUUAGGCUUAGAAAGCUUCUGCAAGCGCAUGCCCCGUCCACACCCAAGGGCGAGUGCUGGCCUAUCGUGGGUCAGUUCUCAAGCAUCGGCUCCCUGGGGCCCGAUGAAUCCAAGUGGCUGUGCUCGGAGUUUAAAGACAGCUUGCUGGCACUGAGAGAGGAAGGCCGACCUCCGGGCAAGAGUGCAGUUCCUCUUCAUCUGAUCUAUCCCUCUGUGGAAAAUGUGCGGACCAGCUUAGAAGGAUACCCUGCUGGGGGCUCUCUUCCCUAUAGCAUCCAGACGGCUGAAAAGCAGAGGUGGCUGCACUCCUACUUCCACAAGUGGUCAGCAGAGACAUCCGGCCGAAGUAAUGCCAUGCCACACAUUAAGACGUACAUGAGGCCCUCGCCAGACUUCAGUAAACUGGCUUGGUUCCUGGUCACAAGUGCGAAUCUGUCCAAGGCUGCCUGGGGGGCACUGGAGAAGAACGGCACCCAGCUGAUGAUACGCUCCUACGAGCUCGGGGUCCUCUUCCUCCCGUCUGCGUUUUCCUCACCUGUCCUCCUCCACCCCAGAGGGUUUCAGGAUGGAACUGCUGGCAGAUAUCUUCAGCUCCUUCUCUUUCCUACUGGCCACAGUGGCCGGAGCAUGCCAGCUGUUCUGCAUCAGCCUCUGCUUCCUUCCCUGGGUCUCCUUUCUUCAGGCUUCGCUCCCAGAAGCCGUUUGCAAGCCUCCCUUCUUCCUGCUGCCAGAUGGUCUCUGUUGAUCACAGUUCAGCCUCCUGGUGUGCCUCCCUUCUCCCUCCAGCCAGUGACUCCUGACCACCAAGCCACACACACCCCCUCGCUGCCAACACCUCUUCAGUUUUUUUAUAUUUAUUUUAUUAUUUUAUAUGUUAUGUUUCCCUGAAUGUGUGUCUGUGCAUCGAGUGCUUUCCUGGUGCCCAUGAGGGCCAGAAAAAGGUAUCAGUGUACCUGGAACUGGAAUUGCAUACAAUUGUGAGCCAUCUUGUAGUUGCUGGGAGUCAAACUAGGGUCCUCUGAAAGAGCAGCAAGUGCUCUUCAUAACUGUGAGCCAUCUCUCCAGCCCCUCCUAGAACUUGCUCUACAUGGGCACAUGUAGGGCCCAUGAUUCUUACUGCUCUAGCCAGACCUAGUCCAUCUUAGAGAGCAGCUCCAUGCCCCCAACCUUAGCUAUUCCACCUGCCCCUGAAGGCACUUUUUUCUCUGCAUCCCAAUUUCCCGGAUCCUGGACUCCCUUCAUCUUCCACUUGUAGGGUGGAUGUUGUUAGCAUUCCCUCAUUCCGCCAUGCUGUUCUCCUGUGAGUGUGUGGAGGCUCUGCGAACAAGGCCAUCAGCUGAUGUUGCUCCCUUUAACUUUUUGGACUUGGCAGUCUUCUCUGAGCAGCUGUCACAGAAGCAGCGUGCACAGCAGUUUCUGGAGACUAAGCUUAGUGCAGUGCAUAGCUUAGCAGAUACAUCAGUAUCACCACAUACUGUGUUGUAAAGGCUUCUGAACUGUGGAUGAGCUCUCUUGAAGCAGUCUUGUCGAUGUUAUGUGUUUCUCUCUCUCUCUCUCGCUCUCUCUCUCUCUCUCUCUCUGUCUCUCUCUCUCUCUCUCUCUCACACACACACACACACACACUUUCCUAAGUCUGUAUUUGUGUCGAACUCUAACAAUGUAAUUAUCAAUACAAUUUUCAUUGUAAUACCAGUCCCUGAAUACCCACUAAAUAAAUAAAUACCUUGAAGAUUUCUGUGUUGCUAAUAACCUUACAGUGUUCACUGACAAGAGCAUAGCUUGCUGGGAAAUGAGGUCAGAGGUUACAUCUUUCUUAGUAACCCCUGUCUGAUGCUGAUGAGACGCACCUCAAUGUGUUUCACUCCAAGGUUUCUGGAGACUUAGCUUAUCCAGACUGGUGCAGUCAGCCUGCUGGCCAGACACCAUCCAGAUCCACCUUCCCCAUCAGCCUCCGUGUGUCUCCCGGUCAGAGCUCUAUGUCCAUGCCACCCACAUUUCUGAGUCAUUGGCUGCCAGCAGGGCUACUUCUGUCCUAAGCCUGUGAGCCACUGCAGUCACUGCAGCCUGCACACUGCCUUGAGACCAGUGCUGCAAACAGGAAUAUGUAGAUCCAAUAGGCCGAGGCAGUAGCUAGAGGUUCUCCACUUUCCCACAACUGUGACAGGACCUGACAUUCAGUUAUCUGGCCAUGUGACUUAGCACUUUUAGGGCCUCUGUAGUAGGUACAGAGCCAGCAUGCCUCAUUUACAAGAAUGCCUUUGACAAUUUUAGAAUUGAUCUAGAACAGCAGUUUUCAACCUGUGGCUCAUGACCCCUUGGUGGUCAAUGGAUCCUUUCACAGAGGUCAAAUAUCAGAAUAUAUUGCAUAUCCGAUAUUUAUGUGACAAUUCAUAACAGUAGCAAACUUAGAAUUAUGAGGUAGCAAUGAAAUAACUUAAUGGCUGGGGUCACCACAGCAUGAGGAACUGCAUUAAAGGGUCUUAAUUAGGAAGGCUGAGAACACUGCUCUAGAUGAUGAUGUUUCACCCUUGACAGAAACAGAGAACCAUCCUCGUCUCUUCUGCGCCCCAGGUUCAUUUGCUUCUCAGGCAAUGGAUUCCUACUUUUCUGUCAUCAGGAUUAAAAGGAAGAGAAAAGAAUCAAGUUCAAAGGCCUUGACUUCAGUCAGCAAGUCUACUCUCCCUACUCUGUUUUGGUUAAAUCAUCAUUUUUGUUGCUGCUGCUUUCAAAGAUGGUGCAUACCACAAGCUAACGCUGUCUUCUCAGAUGAUCUUUGGUCAGUCGGGUAGGCUCCACUAAGACGGGUGUGGCUGAGAGAGCUAAAGAAAUUCACAAGCACCGCACCUGAGCCCUCCUCCUUGUCCCUUCACACACUCUGUGCCUGGCUAUUGCUUGGGCUCCCAGUCUCCCAGGAGGUCACAGCUGAGUGAGUGCUCUGUGGAGCAUGUCUUAUAACCUUUAAAUUCCACCCAUGAAUCACUCCCACUGAAAUAAUGUGGGAGGAGACAGACUGGGAGCACACAUUGGAGAACCGCCCAAGAACCAAGAAAGGGAAUUAAUUCUCCAGGGCGCCAAAUGGAAAGACGAAAAGACCUGGAUCUAUAGGAGUCAAAAUGACAGUGGAGAAAGGAGACUUGAAGUGAGAUCAGGAUGGGACCCUGUUUUUCAGCUGGGCUAGACUGGCCCAGUUUCUUUACUCACAUAAGCCUGUCCUAGAGUGAGGACCAUGUAGUGACAAAUUCAUGGUCAUAUGAAAAUUAAAAGCUCGAACCUACAAAGGAUCUGAAAUAAGCCUGGUUGUUUCCCAGAGCUCAAAAAGGCUGUUCCUAGAGAUGGGAGCGGUACGAACUACAGGGCUGAAAGCAGAGACCUGUCCUCUAGGCUCUCAGCCAGAUCAGUCUUCAUGCCACCCCCACUAUUGUACCGGUCCUCCUCCUCCCCAGAAGCUGCACUCUCAAAAGCAUCCCAGCUACCAAAGCCCCUCCUCUCCAGAGCCCUGUUGGUGUGCCCACUCUGUAAGCCUUCCUCAGACCCUGGCUGGAAGCAUCUGAGGGCCAAGGGUACAGGCUACCACCUUUCUGUCAUUUGCUUUCUUACCUAUCAGCCCAGCUGAUAAAGAAGGCGUCUUCCCUUCAGCCUCUUCUGGUUCCCGCCUACAAACUCAUAUGCUGUUCUAGUUCCAGAGAAACCCACUGCCUUGGGUCUCUGUGAGUUCAAGGCCAACCUGAUCUACAUAAAAAACCCAAGUCAACCAGGCAGGAUUACAUAGUGAAAUCCUAUCUCAAAAGACAAACAAAAAACCAGUGCCUCAUGGAGCGUUUUCCACUCAGUUACUACGCAAGCUCAUGCAGCUAACAACAUAAACCACAGAGUAGACUCCUCUAUGUGAUUGAGUCAAACUGCUGAGCAUAAAUGAUCCCAGCUGAGAGAGGGAGAAGCCAGCAAUUUGUCAUGUGUGAUUCAUGUCCACCCUCUCACCUGGUGUUUUAUAAAUGCAUUGUCUUAAGUACUGUGCCUGGGAGGGUGUCUUCCUCUGUUUUGUAAAAUGCCAAGCAAUACCACUGUGAUAUAUAAAUAAUGAUAAUUAGGAGACAGCCUCAAAUAAUUUGACAUGUGAUUGAAGGGAAAAGUGGUGCUUUUUUUUUUAAUACCCUAGAAUUUGGAUCAGAAAUGGCAUUCAAGAAAAAGGCAUAUUGGUUCUUGUCAGAUGUGGAUGGUUCAAACAUUCUUAUGUCUGAGGUCAGACAUCAAAAGAGGAAAGCCAGGCUUGGAACAUGUAGGGCAUCAAAACUGGGUUAAGGCUAUAAAGACUCCCCCAUGGCUUCAUGGCUGUUAAAGAACAUGAUGAGUCUCUGAGCUAAAGACUUGUACAGUUGCAAGACUUUCCACUUUCCUGGUUCUCUGUGGCAAAUAUGAGGACAAUUAUUUGCAUAGUAGAAAGGGCAUAGGACCACAAAUCCCAAAGACAGGGUGUGUGUGGACAGCUGCCAGCCCAGGUUUGUCUCCUCUUCGCUAAAGCAGGAGUCACUGUCACACAGCACACCCUGAGAACUCAGACUGGCUCCUCCCUGAGAAGGUGUUGGUGGCAGUGUCGGCUAGUAGUGUCUUCAGCUCGCCUCAGCAGGCCCAAGCCUGCAGGCGUUCUUGGUCUCCAGCUUCCUUCCUCUGCCUUUUGCAGUUCUAAUUCUUAGGUUUGUGUCUCCCAUGACCAUGACCACUUCCUGUUUCUCUUGUGAGCGCUCGUGGUCACCCGGCUGAGCAGUCUCCAGUCCAGUCCCUUACCCAAGCUCCUCCAGCUACCUCACGAAGAGCUGUCUCCUUCAGAACCUCUGCAGCUCCUCAGUGCCUCUUGAUGAAAACGUCAGACUCUAAAUGGAUCCCUGGGGUGCAAUUGGGUGUGACUGACCGGUAGUCACCAAA